UUGCGUAUGUGGCCCACUCCUCCGCACUCGGACGUCUUCGCAGCUGCCUCAUCGGUGUAGGCUUCUUACCAAAACGGUCGAGGCAGUGAUCGUCAUUGUUGUACGGCAAAUUCCUAUUAGGGCCGACCGUUGCAGCGGCUUAAAAAGUGAAAGGCGUGCCCAGCCAUGGCUCCUGUACUUGCUGAACUUGUUUCCUCCUUCUACCGCGAGAGUAUCAAUAUGGCGCGUGGUGCAAUCUUGUCGCGGUGCUUGACCGGGCUGCUGACGCUGCAGUCGGUGCUCGCAAACCCAGUUCCCUCAGGCUAUCCUACAUCGCCCGUGAUCAAGCAUGGUGAGCUAGGCGCUGUGGCUUCAGAGAGCGAUAUCUGCAGCCAUAUCGGUGUGGAUUUGUUGAAGCAAGGCGGCAAUGCUGCAGAUGCAUUGGUCGGUACUGUGGCCUGCGUGGGAGUCAUUGGCAUGUACCACUCUGGCAUCGGAGGCGGUGGCUUCAUGCUUGUUCGAGCACCUAAUGGCACCUACGAGUUUAUUGACUUCCGCGAGACCGCACCGGCUGCUAGUUUUCAGGACAUGUAUUUGGGCAACGAGGAUGCGAGCAUAAACGGUGGUCUGGCUUCUGGUGUACCUGGCGAAAUCCGUGGUUUGCAGUACCUUCAUGAGAACUAUGGCAAGCUGCCUUGGGCGAAAGUGCUCACGCCGGCAGUCAAGGUCGCGCGAGAGGGAUGGCGAGUCAACGAGGAUUUGAUCAGCUACAUCAAGUCUGCGACAGCAAGUUUGAAUGCAUCGACAAACUUCUUGCUCAAUGACCCGGAGUGGGCUAUCGACUUUGCGCCCAAGGGUCGCGUCGUCCAGCUCAAUGAGACCAUCACCAGGAAGCGUUACGCCGACACACUCGAGACCAUCGCCAACGAAGGCCCUGACGCCUUCUAUGAGGGACCUCUUGCGGAAGCAACCAUUAACGCUCUUCAGGCCAAGGACGGGUCGAUGACCCUGGAGGAUCUCAAGAACUAUACAGUCGCCAUCCGCAAGCCGUCAACCAUCACGUACCACGACUUCAAGCUCACAGCUUGCAGCGCUCCCAGUGGCGGUGAGGUCGCACUUUCCGCCUUGAAGAUCCUAGAGGGAUACUCUGCCUUCGGUGACCCAGCUAGCAUCAAUCUGACCACCCACCGUCUGGACGAAGCCAUGAAGUUUGCUUAUGGCAUGCGCGCUGAGCUGGGUGACCCGUUGUAUCUCGAGGGUAUGGAUGAAUACCAAGAAGGGAUGGUCUCGGCUUCCACUGCGGCAGAAAUCCGCUCCAAGAUCAGCGACACUCAGACCUUCAACGUCUCCUACUAUGAUCCUAAGGGACUGGAGUCACUUGAGACUCCCGGAACUUCGCAUAUUGUAGCUGCGGACAAGGAUGGUCUCGCCAUCACAUUGACAACGACCGUCAAUCUGCUCUUCGGUAGCAAGCUCGUCGUCCCAGAGACAGGAGUCAUCAUGAACAACGAGAUGAACGACUUCUCGAUUCCUAACACGACCAACGCAUUCGGCUACAUUCCUAGUCCCGCCAACUUUAUACGCCCUGGCAAGCGCCCAUUGUCCUCCAUCUCGCCUGUCAUUGUCGAGCAUCUCAACUCUACCCUGGCGAAUGCUUUCUACGUCGCUAUAGGUGCAGCUGGAGGUAGUCGUAUCAUUACUGCCACCAUCCAGAACCUGAUUCACAUUUUGGACGGCAAUCUGACAACUGCAGAGGCGCUGGCUCAGCCCAGAAUUCACGAUCAGCUUGUUCCGGCCCAGGUCAGCUUCGAGCCCACAUUUAACAAUGGAACCACAGCCUUUCUGAAGUCUCUGGGCGCCAAUGUGACAUGGGCAGCGGCGGGAAGCACAGCGCAGGGUCUCAGGAGGCUAAGCAACGGCACAUUCGAGGCUGCUGGUGAGCCACGACAGAAGAACAGUGGUGGAUUUGUCGUGUAGAUAUGCAUGGGUGGUAAUAGAUUAGCCGAGUUGCUAGACAAGAUGACAAAUAAUCAUCAACUCAAAGAAGGCUUGUGAGUCGUGAAGACUGGGCAAAC